AUGGGAAAUCUCGAUGAUUUUCUUCGUUGUGUUUCGAACGACGACUCGAAUCCAAUUCUCAUUAACACUCCAUCUUCUUCCACGUACUCUUCGGUUCUAAAUUUCACGGUUCGAAACCUUAGAUUCUCGGGCCCUAAUACCCCUAAACCAUGUGCCAUAAUUAACCCAUCUCAAGCUUCCCAUGUUCAAGCGGGGGUCAUUUGCGCCAAGAAUCAUGGCGUGCACAUUAGAGUGCGUAGCGGAGGUCAUGACUUCGAGGGCUUGUCUUACGUUGCGCAUGGCGUGGCGUUUGUGCUGAUUGAUAUGGCGAAGCUUAAUUCGGUGAGUGUUGACACAGACGACAACACUGCAUGGGUUGAAUCCGGGGCGAGCAUGGGGGAGCUGUAUUACAAACUUGGGUUGGAAACGUCAGGCUUUGGGUUUCCUGGUGGUGUGCAGCCGAAUGUGGGCGUUGGUGGGUUUCUUAGCGGUGGUGGGUAUGGGCUGAUGGUUAGGAAAUAUGGUCUGGCAGUGGACAAUGUGGUGGAUGCUCAAGUUGUGGAUGCAAAUGGGAGGGUUGUUGAUAGGGAUUCAAUGGGGGAGGAUUUGUUUUGGGCCAUUAGAGGGGGUGGUGGAGGAAGCUUUGGGAUUGUUGUGGCAUGGAAGUUGAAGUUGGUUCCUGUUCCAUCCAUUGUUACUUCCUUUACGGCUUUUAGGAUUUGGGACCAAAACUCCACCAACUUGGUUCAUAAAUGGCAGCUUGUAGCACCUGAGAUUGAUGAACGACUCUUCAUUGGCGCCAUGGUUACAGCUGCAAAUUCAGGCGAAGGAGGAGGAGGAAGAAUAAUGGGAGUAUUUUUGUACUCCCUCUUUCUAGGAAGAGCAGAAGAGGUUAUUUCCAUAAUGGAGAACAAUUUUCCAGAGGUUGGAUUGAGAAUGGAAGAUUGUGUAGAAUCCAACUGGGUUGAAUCAAUGGCAUAUCCAGCAAGUGGGUUCGUGACAGCAAAGGACAUGAAUUUCUUACUAGACCGAACCCCACUCACCAAUGGCAGAUACAAAACCAAAUCCGAUUAUGCCACUGAACCCAUCUCACAAACCGCCCUCCACGGCAUAUGGGAAAGGUUCAAUGCCAAAGGCAUUCAGACAGUGCAGCUCGUACUCAUCCCUUAUGGUGGCAAAAUGAACAAGUUUUCGGAAACCGACACUCCCUCCCCACACCGAGCUAGAUAUCCCAUCAAAAUCGCCUAUUACGUCACAUGGGAUACGCCCGAAGGUGACUCGAGACACUUGGAAUGGACCCGAGAGCUCUACGAUUACAUGACUCCGUUCGUGUCGAAAUCGCCCAGGGCGGCGUAUGUCAAUUAUAGAGACCUUGACAUUGGAAGAAACAACGAGGAGGGGAUUCCGACGAGCUACGAGGAAGCGAGCGUUUGGGGUUUGAAGUAUUUUGGAGAUAAUUUUGAGAGGCUUGUGGAAGUGAAAACUAAGGUGGAUCCCUAUAAUUUAUUCCGGCAUGAACAAAGCAUACCGCCGGUUGCAGCCCAAGUAAAGAUAUCUUCAGGCAAUGAUGUGGCUUGUGAUAAAAUGGAGUAUCUCCCAAAUUUAAUUGGUUUGGCCAUGUGAUCAAAGAUAAUUUUAUUGGAGUACCCGACA